AUGGUUAAAUUGCUUAAAUUUGAUAUUGAAUUUAAUAAUGCAGAAAGUGCCUAUUUUGCUGGACAAGAAGUAUCUGGAAAGGUUGUAAUCGAAAAUACUGAACCAAAAAAGAUAAAUGAAAUAUUAUUGGAACUUAAAGGACGAGCUAAAACAUAUUGGACAAAGCAUUCAGGCAAAUCAAGAAUGCAUUGCAGUCAAGCAGAGCCAUAUUUUUGUGAACAAUUCAAUACUUGCUAUACUCAUCAAUUUACUCAAACUACUUCAGAUAAUCAAAAAGAAAGAAUUUUACCAGAUGGAAGGCAUGAAAUACCAUUUUCUUUCACUUUACCAAAAACUUUGCCAACAUCAUUUGAAGGAGAAUUUGGCUUUAUUCGUUAUACAUGUAAAGCAAUAUGUGAACGACCCUGGGAUGUUGAUAUUAUAUCAAAACGAGCAUUUACUGUUAUCGGUAUUGAAGAUAUCAAUCAAGAUCCCGAGGCAAUGGAGCCAGUUUGUGAAACAGAAUGCAUUUCAUCGGUGAAACUUUGCUGUCAAAAGCAAGGUUCUAUAGCAGUUAAAAUGUCAGUUGAUCGAACUGGAUUCACACCUGGUGAAAAAAUUCAAGUAAAUGCAUUGAUAACUAAUGAUAGUACCAAAAUGAUUCGAUGUUUAACAUUAAAAAUGAAACAAUAUAUUGAUUACAGGGCUAAAACAUUUGCUGGCAAUGAAGAAAUGAAACAAGCAAAUCGGUUAAUUGCAAAGAAAGAGAAAGGUGACAUUGCGUCACAUUCGACAUUUGCAUGGACAAAUGAAACAAUUGAUGUGCCACCUGUUCCACCGAGGUUAUCGCGGUGUAAAAUUAUACAAAAUAAUUAUAUGAUUGAAUUAGAUGUUGAUGGUAAUGUUGCAACUGUAAUACCAAUACAAAUAGGCACAAUACCAUGUUUAGCUGCAUUAUUUCAACGAAAUUUAAAUGAUAAAAAAGAAAUUGAUGAUGAUGAUGAUGAUGAUAAUGAUGAUGAUAAUAAUGAUAACGAUGGAAAGAGUAGAAUAAAUGGUGAUAUUAAAAUUAAUGAAUCAUCAUCGAUGCUUCCAAGUAAUAAACCAAAAAUACAGGUUACAAUAACAACUGAAAAUGGCCAAACAUUGGAUAAUACAAGUGAAACUGAUGAAUUAAGCCCAGACAUGGAGCUAAUGUUAUUAUCCAAGAAACGUGUACGUAUACCAAGUUCCAUCCUCAGUGAACUUUACCCAAAACUUCCAAAUCCAUAUUACAGACAAUCACUUUUUGGUGAAGUGGACAUAUCAGAAGAUCAAGAACAUGUACAGUAUGGUGAUACUAAAUUUGCUCCUAAAUAUCCAUUUUAUACGGAUUAA